GCACGAGCUCUCCACUCAACACUGCUCCUUGUCCUCACCAUCAUGCCAACUCCUAACGCCCGAAGCGCAUGGUCCUGCGAGCAAUGCCGGCGUCGCAAGGUUCGCUGCGGUCGGGGUGAUCCAUGUGACCACUGUGUGCGUCGUGGAGAGCAAUGUACUUGGCUCAUCAGUAGCCGCCCUCAGGCAACCGAGUCAGCUGAUAGCGGCCAAUCCCCAACAGUAACCCAGCUACAGGCGCGUAUCGAGCAUGUUGAGGCCAUCCUGCAGCACAAUGGGCUGCUACUGCCCGUAGGAUCGCCUCGCGCCCAGGUUAGCGUCCCGUCACCUCGAACGGCUGAGAACGAACAUGUUGUCCGUAUCGAGCAGCUUACAGGCGUGUCGCCGGAAAACACGCUGCACUCGGAUGUAAACACACACGACGACUUCGAUCAUCAGAUCAUCACGACCUCUCCUCUCAGCCGUCGUAAGCAAACCAGGAAUGGAUGCAGCCCGACGUCGUCAGCCAGACCAUCGGCGGAAACGUUACGGGCCUUACAUAUCCUUGACAUUGCGCUCCCUCAUCGUCUCAAGAGCGAUGACCUGCUCGAAAGCUAUCUGCUGCGUGUAGAGUGGAUCCAUCAUCCACUGCAUGUACCAACUUUCAAGGCCGAGUACGACGCCUUUUGGCAAGCCCGCAGUUUCCCUUUAGAGAGUCGAAGCGUACCGGACCUGCAAUGGCUUGCACUACUCAUGAUUAUUCUGUGCCUUGGCAGCCAUUUUCAUGAGACUAAUGCGAACACGGACUUGGAGGAGAAAUUGUACGACGCUUCUCACGAACUGCUUACGCUCUCUAAGUUCCUUGCGAAUCACAGUAUUACUGUUAUACAGACUCUGAUCUGUAUGGGCCUCUGGCUUAACAAUCGUGGUUUGAGCGACACCCAUCAUGCACAGCUUGCUCUCGCCAUCAAGAUGGCUGCGAACCUAGGCAUCAAUAAGCUAGACGUCAAAAGCGGAGCCGCCUUCGCGGCCGACGAUGCAGCCUUCUUCGCUAAAUCUAUCGACCGACAAUCAUCCGAUGAAGUGGCUGACCUACAGAUUCGACACGAGCUUCAGCGCCGCAUUUGGUGGUCCCUCGUUUGCCAGGACUUCUAUACUGCAUCGUCUUGUAAUUUCACAUACUUCAUCCACCCUAAGCAAUCCAAGACCCUUCUCUUUGCGAACGUGGACGACGAGCAGCUAACGAACAACCCGAUGGGCGCUGUGCGGUGCUUGUCCAUAGACGACUGCGCAACAGCAUCGACUUACCAGCUCGUCAAGAUCCCGUUUGCACGAGUGGCAAAAGCAAUGGUGGAUCUCUAUAAUGACGACCAGCUAUCGUAUGACGCAGUCCUUGACCUGGAAAGCAUGCUGUGGACAUACUAUGCUGCUCUUCCCGACUACUUCAAGUGGCGAAGCCCACCAGUAGGCUUACCUACCAUCCCCGCGAGUAGACAUGCACAGCCGAAGCAGCUCGAGUGGCAGCGACUCUUCCUUGCUUUCACCGUGCACAACCGCGUUCUCAGGCUGCAUCGCCCGUUCAUGGCGCGUGGAUAUAGUGACACUUCAAUGUUGCACUCCCGUCGAGCAACUGUUGGCUCGGCAGCUGCAUGCCUCGAGCUUGGUGAACAUGGCGCGCAAAUUGAGUUCCCUGGCAUGCGGUGGUGGGUAGUGUUGAUACACAUAUUCACAGCUGGCAUUGUCUUCUGCAUUGAUUACGAUUACAUGAUACAUCACGAACACAGCCGCGGCCAUCCUGAAGACGACUUACGUCAGGAAAGAGCCGGUCAAGUUACACUGUUCCGGCUGCGAGAGCUGUGA